AUGCCAAAAACGUACGUCUUAAGCAGGAAUCGACUUUGUCUUGGAACCGCGGAAGAUGCAAAGCAUCGAGAUGGGAUGGGACGGGAUGUAACAAGUCGCGUUUGCAAUAAUCAUCGUGAACUCAGAAUUGAUUGUCCCAUGGAUAUUGCCUCGGUUGGAUGGAAUACUUGGACAGCUUCGAAGAUUGGAUCCGCUCACUACAGCGUACCAAUUGAUUGUGAAGAACUGUCGAAAUUGUACACGAGUAUCCUCAAGUGGACUUUUUCAAUCAACAUUGCUCACCGCAGCCGUCACAAUACAAAAGAUGUAGGAGUCGCCAUAUACCACUUCAAUCACACUUACAUCAAGCGUAUCGAGCAAGUCAAUUCAAUUGUUCAUGUUGUCAGUGAGAUCAAUCGCAAGGCCAUUGAAGUUGCUAGAGAAAGGGACGAAGAACGGUCUCAUGGCUUGGCUCAAGGAAGUCUUCAUGGAGUACCGAUCUUGGCUAAGAAUUUGUUAUUCACGACCGAUGGCCUCAAGUCAACCUUUGGCUGCACCGGACUCCUCUACGCUAUCCCAAGUAUUGAAGCAACAACAAUUAUUAAACUUCGUGAACAAGGUGCAAUUAUAUUAGGAGCUAAUAAUCGAUGUACUCCUGGCUGGUCUGCUGUAGGUGGUCAGUGUUUAGGUGUCUAUCAUAAGGAUCAACAUCCUAAAGGUUCAUCAUCCGGCAGCGCUGUUGGAACUGCUUUGGGACUUUGCGCUGCUGCUCUAGGGACCGAGACUUCCGGUAGCGUCAUAUUACCUGCGCAGAGAUCUGCUGUUGUAGGGAUAAAACCGACGGUAGGAAUGACUUCGAGAUAUGGAAUGUAUAUUUCGAGUGAUUGUCAGGAUACUGUAGGGAUAUUGGCAAGGAGCGUUAAGGAUGCAGCACUCGUGUUGACUGUGAUUGCAGGAGGUGAGGAUGAGCAGGAUUCUAUCACCAUUUCCGAUCCUCGAGAUUCGACAUUUUGCCAGAAGUUAAAUAAAAUCCCGGAUUUUACUAAAGCGUGUAACUCUCGAAGAUUAGACGGCCACGUUGAUCCCACCACCAUCCAUCUGUUCGAAAACGCACUCGAUACAAUGAGAUCCUUAGGAGCCACCAUUGUAGAUCCGACUUCAUAUUCAACAUUCGAUACCGAUAGAUCUUCAUGUACAGGUGACGAAUAUGAUAUCGCUUUGAAAGUAGAUAUAUACCACAAUAUCAAUAAGACCCUCUCUUACUUCUCCACAAAUCCUCAUUCUCUACAUACCCUUUCUGAUGUAAUCGCCUAUACAAUCGCCACCCCCGCUGAAGAAGCUACGAAACGUGGUCUCGGGCAUUUCGAAUCAGCUCUCGAAGUCGGCAAAAAGUAUGCUAGAGCUAGCGAGGAAUACAGAAAUUCUAUGGCGGAAAGAAAUCAUAUGGGAAGACAAAUACCUAAAUUACUAGAUAAAUUUAAUUGCGAUAUGAUAGUUCUACCCACAAAUGUAGCAGUGGAACCAGCGGAUGUGGGAGGUUGUCCGGUGGUGAGUGUACCUAUGGGAUUUUAUCCUCCGGAAACGAAGAUUGUGAGACAGAACAGGAUGGUGGAGGUGGGACCGGGGAUUCCACUUGGAAUAUCUUUCGUAGGAAGAAGAUGGGAGGAUGAGAAAUUGAUGGGGGUGGCGUAUGCGUAUGAACAGGCUACGAGGUGGAGAGAUAAGGGGAGGAUGGUGGUGAGGUGUGAUGUUGAGAUAUGCGAUUAUGGUAGUGCGGGCGCACAAAAUGAUUUCGAACCUUUAGAGUCUUAG